CCAAGCUCAAAACAGCUGAGCGAACCACUGAAUUUUAGUUUUGCCAAAAAUUGCCAACGACAAGAAUAUAAACAAAAAUAAUAAAAGGCCGAUUUAGUCAAAAUGAGCGCACUCGACAGCGACAGCUGGAGUGUAGACGAAACGGUGGCGCUCAUUGAUAUUAUGAAGUCGCUUAAAGGGCUGCACGGACCCGGCAAAUGGGAUUGGCAGCGUGUGGGCAGACAAAUGGCCGAAAGCAAAUGCUGGCCUAAAGGACACAGUCGGAGCAUUUCGGAAUUGCGGGAUAGAUUUAUGAAAUUAAGAAAUGAUUACAUUAUGGCAAGUUAUCGCAAUCGUACCUGCCAAUAUUUCAAAUAUCUGAAUGAUCUACUGGGCGACGAGCUGACAUCGCCCGAGCAGCAGCUGGAAAUGGAUGACGAUGAAGCGCAGCAAGAGCUGCAACUGCAUUCCGAGGACGACAUUAAAAUGGAGCAGAAAUAUGAGCAAAUGCAGCAGAUAGAGUUCAAUGAGGAUAACACGAAUCGUUUGAAUGGCUCGGCGUCCAAAAUGCCGCUUCGUUGCAAGUGGGCAGAGGGCGAGGUGGAAACUCUGCUGAACAUCAUAAUUACUCAGAAGCUACAGACGCCGCUGCUGCGCAAAAGGAAUGCCAAAGUAUUUAAGCUGCUCGCUAGGGAAAUGGCGAAGCGCAACUUCAUCAAGCGGCCGGACCAGCUGAGAGUCAAGUACCAUCAGCUGCGUCGGCAGUAUGCGAAGGCGAAGGACGGUGGAGAGACGUUCGAGCAUUACGAGGAGAUGCACGCAUUGCUCAAUGGCUCGCUGCAGCAUGGCGAGAGCAGCGCCGGAGAGGGAGAGAGCGACUCCAAUGACAGCGGCGAGGAGGAGGCGGAUGUGGCCCUUGGCACGGACAGCGAAUCGGAAGGUGCCUUAGUUCGUGCCGCGAUUCCAUCGAAUGCGCGCGUCAAGUGGGCGGAGGGCGAAGUGGACAUCUUCCUGCACAUCAUCAGCAGCAUGGGACUGCAGUCUGCGUUGCUGCGCAAGCGCAAUGCCAAGAUCUUCAAGCUGCUCUCCAAGGAAAUGGCCAAGCGUUCGUUUGACAAGGCGCCCGAGAAGUUGCGCAUCAAGUUCCAGCAUCUGAGAAGGCAAUACAACAAGGCCAAGAAUGGCGGCGACACCUUCGAGCACUACGAGGCCAUGCACCAGCUGCUGAAUCCAGUGAAGAAGCCGGACGCUGAACCCGAAGCGAACUACAGCAGCGGCAGCGAGUCCGACUACAUUUACAGCGACGAAGGCGACGCGGAGACAUCCAGGAACAAUCGUCAUCCGGAUACGUAUUAUUGGUCCGAUUACGAGGUGGACGCCUUUCUGGCCAUCAUCAAGCAGCAAAAUCUGUUCCGUGCUCUGGAUGGCUCCAAGAAGCGCAACUUCAAGACUCUGGCCUACAUAUCGAGCCUCCUGGCAAAGCAAUCCUAUCAGCGCACGCCGCAUCAGUUGCGCAACAAGCUGCGAUUGUUGCUGCGGCGCUAUCGAGAGGUGAAGAAGGAAGGCCUGGGGAAUGUGCGAAUGCUGCCACGCCACUUCGAGAUGCUCGACGAGCUGAUGAAGAAGCGUACGAGGAAAGCAACAGCAAGUGAAAAUGUGGCAACCAGCGAAAUGGACGUGUCCACCAAGACGGAGGCGACGCUGGAGAGCGACAGUGAAGGCAGCAGCUCCGGCUCCAGCUGUGAUCUGUUGCGUGCCGUCGCCGAGAGCGAGGAUUUUGAGGAUUCAUUCGAGAUGCCGCCAGAGCCAACGCCCCUCGAGGUGCUGACCAGCAUCAGCGAGGGGCAGAAGAAGCUGCUCUCCACCCUCAAGGAAUCCCAGGAUCGUUUUCUGCGCGAGCAACGGGAAAUGCAGGCGCACUUCCUGCAGGAAUUGUCGAGUGUAAUGCGCCAGGAGCGAGAGGCAACAUUCCGCAUGGUUAAGGAGCUGCUGAUGCAGCAACCCAAGUGACUGACUAACUGUUAAUAGUUAAGCUAAUCUAUAUAAUUAAGAGUAGGAAAAUAAAAACAACGGCACGCAA